AUGACAAUGUACUACUACCCAAUGUACCACUUACCACUUCCGAAUGACAAUGUACCACUGCCUAGUGACAACGUACCACUGCUGAAUGACAACGUACCACUGCCUAGUGACAACGUACCACUGCUGAAUGACAACGUACCACUGCCUAGUGACAACAUACCACUACCGAAUGACAACGUACCACUGCCUAGUGACAACAUACCACUACCGAAAGACAACGUACCACUGCCUAGUGACAACGUACCACUGCUGAAUGACAACGUACCACUGCCGAAUGACAACGUACCACUUCCGAAUGACAACGAACUACUACUAAAUGACAACGUACCACUGCCUAGUGACAACGUACCACUGCUGAAUGACAACAUACCACUGCCAAAUGACAAUGUACUACUACCGAAUGUACCACUUACCACUUCCGAAUGA